AUGAAAAUCAUCAGAGAAAAACAAGCAGAUAUUAUUUUUGGUCCAUAUCAGGACAAAGUACAAUUAUAUGGAUAUACCAAAAGAGAAGGAACUGUCGACGCCAAACGACGAACGACAGAGGACGACGGAAAUGGCAAAAAAGAAAUAUGUGUGUUGCCAUCUCGCGAAGAAAAAAAAAGAGCAGAACUUAUUAUCUUCGUUAUCAAUGUACGAGAUAUUGUACCAACAAUGUUCUAUGGCGAUAUCUCAACAUGGAAAGCUACUUUAGAUCCUGGCAAGAAUUUGCCCUGUUCAAACAGUGGUCUUCAACGCAACGGCAAUGAAACUGAAGUGAAAUCAUCAGCAGGUGCUGAAGGCAACGGACAAGUACCACAGCAAUCCAACAAUGAACAAAAGAAAUGA